AUGGCGACUUCCGCCCCAGGCAAGAUGGCGGCCUUCGCAAGGAAAGUGCAACCUCUGUCCAAAGCUGAAUACCUGAAACGGUACCUGGAGCCCGGAGACAGCCUGGGAGGGGAUGGAGCGUCCAAGAAGAAGAAGAGGAGGAAGAAGAUCAAGCAGCCGCAGCCAGAAGGAAAGGGGAUGCGUAUAGUCGAUGAUGAUGCGGAUGACUGGAAGAAAGAAUCUAAGCAGGAGGAGGUUGUGGAAGAAGAGGAUGAGGAACCAGUGGUGGCACAGUUUGUAGAUGAACGUCCAGAAGAUGUGAAACGAAUGGAGGAAUUCAGGACCGGCAAUAAAUGGAAACUAAUCCAAGAUCAAGAAGAGACGUCUCCCAGAGAGGAGAAAGAAGCUACUGAAUUAAGCAGGGGCAGAUCUGACUCCUCUGUAUCACCAAAAAGGAAGCGACAUGACUCUUCUGAUUCUUCUCCUAGAAGAAUAACGCAUGACUCUCCUGACCACUCACCUCCUCGCAAGGGAAGGCACGACUCUCCUGACCCCUCACCUCCUCGCAAGGGAAGGCACGACUCUCCUGACCCCUCACCUCCUCGCAAGGGAAGGCACGACUCUCCUGACCCCUCACCUCCUCGCAAGGGAAGGCACGACUCUCCUGACCCCUCACCUCCUCGCAAGGGAAGGCACGACUCUCCUGACCCCUCACCUCCUCGCAAGGGAAGGCACGACUCUCCUGACCCCUCACCUCCUCGCAAGGGAAGGCACGACUCUCCUGACCCCUCACCUCCUCGCAAGGGAAGGCACGACUCUCCUGACCCCUCACCUCCUCGCAAGGGAAGGUUUGACUCUCCUGACCCCUCACCUCCUCGCAAGGGAAAGAUUGACUCUCCUGACCCCUCACCUCCUCGCAAGGGAAAGAUUGACUCUCCUGACCCUUCACCUCCUCGCAAGGGAAGAAUUGACUCUCCUGACCCUUCACCUCCUCGUAAGGGAAGGCAUUAUUUUCCUGACCCCUCACCUCCUCGCAGGGGGAGACGUAACUCUCCCCAUGCAUCUCCACCCCGCAGGGCCAAACGUCUUUCCCCUGGUCUUUCCCCACCUCGGAGGGCCAGGCAUAACUCCCCUGGUCCAUCUCCUCCCCGGAGAGGCAGGCGUGACUCCCCUGGUCCAUCUCCUCCCCGGAGAGGCAGGCGUGACUCCCCUGGUCCAUCUUCUCCCCGGAGAGGCAGGCGUGACUCCCCUGGUCCAUCUUCUCCCCGGAGAGGCAGGCGUGACUCCCCUGGUCCAUCUCCUCCCCGGAGAGGCAGGCGUAACUCCCCUGGUCCAUCUCCUCCCCGGAGAGGCAGGCGUGACUCCCCUGGUCCAUCUCCUCCCUGGAGAGGCAGGCGUGACUCCCCUUGUCCAUCUCCUUCCCGGAGAGGCAGGCCUGACCCCCCUUGUCCAUUUCCUCCCCGGAGAGGCAGGCGUGACUCCCCUGGUCCAUCUCCUCCCCGGAGAGGCAGGCGUGACUCCCCUGGUCCGUCUUCACCCUGGAGAGGCAGACGUGACUCCCCUGGUCCGUCUUCACCCUGGAGAGGCAGACGUGACUCCCCUGGUCCGUCUUCACCCUGGAGAGGCAGACGUGACUCCCCUGGUCCGUCUUCACCCUGGAGAGGCAGACGUGACUCCCCUGGUCCGUCUUCACCCUGGAGAGGCAGGCGUGACUCCCCUGAUCCAUAUUCACCCCGGAGAGGUAGGCGUGACUGGCCUGGUCCAUCUCCACCCCGGGGUGGCUGGCGUGAUUCCCCUGGUCCAUCUCCACCUCGGGGGGGAAGACGUAACUCCUCUGGUCCAUCUCCACCUCGGGGGGGCAGGCGUAACUCCCCUGGUCCAUCUCCACCUCGGGGGGGCAGGCGUAACUUCCCUGGUCCAUCUCCACCUCGGGGGGGCAGGCGUAACUCCCUUGGUCCAUCUCCACCUCGGGGGGGAAGGCGUGACUUCCCUGGUCCAUCUCCACCUCGGGGGGGAAGGCGUGACUUCCCUGGUCCAUCUCCACCUCGGGGGGGAAGGCGUGACUUCCCUGGUCCAUCUCCACCUCGGGGGGGAAGGCGUGACUUCCCUGGUCCAUCUCCACCUCGGAGAGGCAGGCGUGACUCCCCUGGUCCAUCUCCACCUCGGAGGGGCAGGCGUGACUCCCCUGGUCCAUCUCCACCUCGGAGGGGCAGGCGUGACUCCCCUGGUCCAUCUCCACCUCGGAGGGGCAGGCGUGACUCCCCUGGUCCAUCUCCACCUCGGAGGGGCAAGCGUGACUCCCCUGGUCCAUCUCCACCUCGGAGGGGCAGGCGUGACUCCCCUGGUCCAUCUCCACCUCGGAGGGGCAGGCGUGACUCCCCUGGUCCAUCUCCACCUCAGAGGGGCAGGCGUGACUCCCCUGGUCCUUCUCCACCCCGAAAGGCAAGGCGUGACUCCCCUGGUCCAUCUCCACCCCGAAAGGCAAGGCGUGAUUCCCCUGAUCCAUCUCCACCCCGAAAGGCAAGGCGUGACUCCCCAUGUCCAUCUCCACCCCGAAAGGCAAGGCGUGACUCCCCUGGUCCAUCUCCACCCCGAAAGGCAAGGCGUGACUCCCCUGGUCCAUCUCCACCCCGAAAGGCAAGGCGUGACUCCCCUGGUCCAUCUCCACCCCGAAAGGCAAGGCGUGACUCCCCUGGUCCAUCACCACCCCGCAGGGCAAGGCGUGACUCCCCUGGUCCAUCACCACCCCGCAGGGCAAGGCGUGACUCCCCUGGUCUAUCUCCACCCAGGAGGGCCAGGGCGGACUCCCCUGGCCCAUCUCCACCCCGGAAGGCCAGGUGUGAUUCUCCUGAUCUUUCACCUUCUUAUACUAGUAGCAGGCAGAAACCUGAUUCCCAUGGCAUUUCCCCUCAAAGGAGGAACACCAGCAAACCCUCUGACAAGGACAGACGUGCCUCACCUCCUCAUAAGGGCAGUAGUAGGUCUCCAUAUCCUUUGCCAAAUCAGAAGGGAAAAUAUGAUUCUCCUGGACCAUCUUCCUCUCAUAAAAACAGACGUGACUCCCCAGCUCACUCACCUGCUCAAAAGAGUAAACAUAACAGGCAUGCAGAAUCCUUAGUUCUGAAGCCAACUCGGUCCACUUUUUCCUCGGUAAGACAUGAUUCUGACUCUGACAGCUCUCCUAUAGGGAAGAAGAAAAUUGAAUCUCCUUCAGUCAACCGGAAAAUAGCACGUAGAAAGCAGGAUUCUGAUACAGAUUUAUCACCCCCUCCGGGAACCCAAAGAAAAGGUUCUGAUUCAGACCUGUCUCCUCCACGCAUUACCAAGAGUAGGGGUUCAGACUCGGACAUAUCCCCGCCACGUCGCAGAAAUGGGGCAUCAAACUCCACAAUGCUUUCUGGUGGGAAAUCUGGCCUGGUGUCUGCCGAGGUUCUUAGAGUGGAGAAAGCGGAGAUGAGGAAAAGAGAGAAAGAUAAUAAGCAUUUGGAAGCCGACUCCAUGAAUGCCGAGACUGUUUUUCGAGAUAAAUCGGGGAAGCGAAGAGACCUGAAAUCAGAACAUGAAGAACAGAAAAAGAAGCAGGCGAUUCAGGACAAGAGGGAUAAGCAGUAUGCUCAGUGGGGCAAAGGUCUCGCGCAACAGGAGAAACAGCGUCUGAACCUGGAAAAUGCUGCUCGGGAGAUAGAUAAACCUCUCGCUAGAUAUGCUGAUGAUGAGGAUCUGGACAAGAUGUUGCGAGAAAAAGAGAGAGACGGAGAUCCGAUGGCUAAGUUUCUGAUGAAGAAAAAGGAAAAGGAGACCAGUGGGAAGAAAGAACGCCCAAGAUACAAGGGCUCAAACCCUCCUCCAAAUCGCUUUAACAUAUGGCCUGGCUACCGAUGGGAUGGCGUGGACAGAUCCAACGGGUUUGAGAAGCAGUACUUUUCACGACAGUCUGAAAAGAAGGCUGUGCAGGAUGAAGCUUACAAAUGGAGUGUAGAAGACAUGUAAACCCCAGAAGUCAUUGUUUGAAGACUAUAGCAGAACAUCGUUUGGUUUAUAUGGGUGUGGGCCUGCCCUUCAGAUACACAAUCGAUGCCGGGGCUCUGACACAUGUGAGGUCCUUCACUGUCCAAGGGAGUCACCUAUCUGUAAAGUAUUUGAAUCACUGGUGGCUCUGUGUUUUCUGCCUGUGACAUGAGAGCCCACCUCCCCAGUACGGAGGGUGUAUAUAGGUAUUACAGUCUGUUUUCUACGGUUGUUCUCAGGGUGUCAAAAGUAUUUCUCAGGCAACUAGCAAUGGAUCACAUGACUAAACUAGAACCUCAGCCAUUUUAAAAAGAACCUGAGAAUUUAUAAAGGAACAGAGUUAGGGAUGUGGAAAGUGUGAGCUCUAUACCCUGUGGGUAUAUAUUGCUAUUUAUUUGAUACAUUAUACAUCUCUCUUCUGGCCCGAGACGGUUUGGGAUGGUGUGCUACUAAAUAAAGAAAGCUCACCAGGCCGAAUAUUUUUUUUUAAAAAUAUUUUAAUUCCAUUAACUUUUAUUUCUUCUCUUUGUAUUAUGAUGACUGCAUUCUGAACUGUGAUGUAUUAAACGUUUUUGUUUUGUAUUAAA